CCGUGACGUCACGCACUACUCUCAGUCGACCGCCUGAUUUCUGUACGAAUCGUUCGGACGACGUGAUCGCGAGGGGAAAAUGAGGCGUUAAUGAGCGAUAACGAACGGAACACCGACCCGUUUGCGCAAUCGCGGUGCUGGUUUAUGACACGCGCUCUUUGGGACAUAAUCCGCGGGAAAACGCAGAAGCUCGCGCGUGUUUGUUCGGCUAGUCAGUGGGAUUUCAGCACCAGCCCGAGGACAGCACGCUAGCAUGUGUGUUUACUGGAGUAAAACGGUGUAAACGCCAGUGUGUUGUGGAGAUAAGAGCGGAAUGGCAUCGCGGUGGAUCGCGAUAAUCGCUUUACUGUGGGAGUUGCAGUGCUGCGUGUGCCGUGAGGUCACUCUUCCCGCCGGGCCGCUGUAUCGGGUCGCAGGUUUCUCGCUGUCCCUGCCCUGCGCCGUUUCGGGAUACGAAGGUCCACGGACACAGGAUUUUGAGUGGUAUCUGUACCGGGAGGAUGCUGAGGGUCGGCAGAUCGGUGUGGUGUCCACACGGGACGCAGGCUUUCCGUAUGCGCCGUUCCAGGGUCGCGUGCAGGCCGGUGAGGUUCGAGUCGAGAGGGAUUCGGGCGACAAAGCCAGACUGAUCAUCCAGAGGCUGCAUCCAGACGAUCAGGGCCGUUACGAGUGUUACACGCCCAGCACUGACACCCGCUUCCUAGGGAACUACAGCUCAUCAGUGGUGGUCAAAGUGAUUCCCGACACGCUGCUCAUAACACACUCUCGCAUUCUGAGCGGCCAACCCGUUAUCGAAGGCACGGAGCUUCAGCUGACGUGCGCCGCGUCCAUCCAAUCGGAUCAGCACACUCAUGUGUCCGUCACGUUCGUCGUGCGCAGCAGCAGGGGCCCGGAGUCUCAGGGUCACAACCUCAGAGAGAUCAUCGGCAUCGACCGUGAGCUGCGCGUGACACCGGGCCACAGCGGCACCUACGGGAAGAGAUACGGGGAUGGAGAGAUCGCUGUGGAGAAGCGGAAGGGGGACGGAGGCCGGGAUCUGUACGUACUGAAGAUGAGCGCUCUGGCACCCGAGGAUUCUGGGUCGUAUUUCUGCGAGGCUGCGCAAUGGAUCAGAGAUCCGGAUGGCAAAUGGGAACGCAUCGCACAGAGGACCAUGGAGCUCGGGAAUCUCACCGUUCAACCGCUUGCGGACACACUGAGUGUGCGCUCUGUCCCGGAUGGUGAUGUCUCUCUGCGGCCCGGCGCUCCGCUCCGCCUCCGCUGUCAGGUGUUGGGUGUAGGUGCGUGGAAGCGCUCGGCUCUACAGGUGCAGUGGAUGCGGCGCGGGCUGGAGGGCGGUGUGGAGGUGGAGGUGGCGCGCGUGGAUCCUGACGGCGUGGUGGCCUGGGGUGAUGAUCUCAGCAGGGCAGGAGGCGGCAGCAUGGAGAAGGAGGCCGACGGGAGCUUCUCUCUGCGCCUGUUCUCCGUUCGCCCCGCUGACGCCGGACUCUAUCGCUGCGCUGUGAGCGUCUACGCCGGGAGGAAAACACCAGCACCGGAGAGUCCCGCCACGAUCACACAGAGAUCAGAGUGGGUCACUGUUAGCCUGAAGACUGAAGAGGUGCGUGUAUCUGCUAGCAUUGAUUUGCCACGCCGGCCGCUCCUGAAGCGCGGCAGCACCGUCACGCUGCUCUGCAACGUCUCUGUGGAAGCCACCGGUGCUUCACGAGUCGAGGUGCAGUGGCUUCAGAAACCCGAGGAGAUGGCGAGGAAAGGCGCCACGCUUUCUGAGGACAGCAAAGGCAGGCUCCUGGCGUCUCUGAGCUACGACGGCCUGACGCGCAUCUACAGCAACGGCAGCGACGUGAGCGUGGACCGUGUGUCUGCUGGCUGCUUCAGGCUGAGGAUCUUCUCGGCCGCUGAAGAGGAUCAGGGACACUUUCAGUGUCGAGCCAAGGUUUGGGCGCAGGAUCCGCGCGGCGGAUGGUACAGCACCGGCGCUGAAGCCGAGUCCGUGACCGUAAACCUGUACCUGUACGCACGAGUCACUGAUCUGCUGCUCUUACCUCUCGUGAUCGGCGUGUCGUCUGCGCUGUUUGUGGGCAUAUUGAUUAUCGCCACUGUGACGUGCUGCUUCAUGAACAGACUAUCUAGACAGCGCUCCCGCAUACGGAAGUAGGAAGUAUGAGGAAGACUUUCCUGGAAGAACAUUCAAUGACUUGAAUGGAGCAAAGAAAAACGGGUUUUAAACAGGUAUUUUGGCUGUCAUGACAUAAUGUGCACUCACAAUUGGGAAGGAGAUCAGAACAGUUGCAUAUACACAAACACAUGUAGAUUCACUUCAAGCUGUGACAUUGUGAUUUGCACUGUUUCUAUUCACUCCACUUUGACAAAGUUGAAUAUUGAUGUCAGAAUGAAUGAAAGGACGUCUGGACUAGAGUCUCAGUGCAGGUAUGUUUCGAAAGAACCACUAAUAAUAAAUCCACAGAUGUCCAGCACUGAAAUCACUCACUGCUAUGAAAUGUGCUCAUAAUUCAAUGUAAGAUCAGCAGAAUACUUGAGUAUAAAACACUUUUACGGCAUGCCAUAUUUUUUCAUCUUUUCAAUUUUUGUGAUAGAAUGAAAUGCAUUGAAUAUCCUGAGCAGUUCCAGUUCCUCUCUAGUGCACGUUUGUUUUUCAGUGACGUGUUCAUAAAGUUAGUUCAUUCUUAUGUUCUGUAUUGUAAAUGGUGAAUUUCACAAAGAAAUGUCUGGGUCAGAUUUUACCCCAAAAACUUAAAGUGAAAAAAAAAUAUUUUGCAUCUGUACAAUUUUUGUUUGUUUGCUUUUUUUCCCACUGCAUUUACAGGACCAGAGUGGGACAUGGACCAAAUCUUGUAUGUUUGAAAAUCAUCCCAAUGUUAAAACCAGUUUGGCGAUUUUAUACUGUAGUUUUACUGUUUUGUGCAUCUGGGUCAUUCCACAAAACAGGUGCCUUUAUGUCCCUCGUUAACAUGUAAAUAAUGACUCCAGCAAUGAGUUUGUGUUUCCAGUACAAUCUAACAUGCUCAAACCUGUGACUCAUUUUUUUAUAUAGUGAAUUAUUUUUGAAAAAUCGAUAUUUUUAGCAAUCUCAUCCACUUAUCCUGUUGUGCCAUAGUUACAUUCCACCAUUUAUUUAGCUUGAGAUAAUGCCAUGCAAUUAACACACUCUUUGUUUAAUUUGCUGUAAAAAAUCAGCUGAGAUUUUUUUUUUUUUAAAUGGAAAGCACCCGUUUCAUAGAAUGACCCAUUUGAUAAAGUAGUGUUUUUUGAAGAAAUGCAUGAUAGUUGUACUGUUAUUACUGAUUCGUUUUCUCCUAUGCAUUCACCAGAAUAUGGGUUAGUAACCAGCAGACGGUAGGUUAGAUAAAUGGACUUGAAUCAUUGCGAUUGUGAUGUGUUAGCGCUGAUCUUUCUGCAGUCGCUCUCUCUGGGAUUGUACUAAUGUGAAAGCCACAUUAACAUGGAAAAAAGGGAUUCUGUGUUUCUCUGUUUAUUUACAGUGUUUAGACGCUGAGAUCUGAUUUAUCCUCUUACGCCACGAGACUAAACGCUGAGAGCAGAAUAUUCUCUGGAUAUUAAUCCUCUUGUUUAUGGUCUGAAACCUCUCAUAAAACUGAAUUUAUGCAGUUGGCCUGUAGCUAUCUUGUUCUCUUUCCUCGUUUGUGAUGUUUCUUCAUUUUAAUUGCAGCGUUUAUAACAGAGGUGCCCAAACUUUUUAAUACAAAGGACCAAACAUCAGAUUUGAUUAAGGACUGGGUGAAAAUUCCAAAUAUAUUAUAUUAAAUUAUAUUAAA